AGUCGGCGCCCGGCAUCCGAGCGUGUUACACGCUCGUACGUGCUGCUAGUUCGCGGUAACCUUAACGCUCGCUGGUCGCUGACGUCUGCCACCUCUCUCACUAACCGGUUGUAUCGACGAGCCGGCGUUGUUAAUUUUUGAUAAGUUGUUAAGCAGUGACUAAGACAAGAUGGCGGCGUUUGUGGCAAAGCAAAUGGUGGGCAACAAACUAAGCGCCGUUAAAGGUGCGGUUGGUGGCGAUGGUGACGACAGCGACGAUAAGGAAAAGGAAGAAGAGGCAGAACGCGAGAGGCAGGAGGCCAUCCGCGAGGCGGAGGAGAGGCGCAAGGAGAAACACCGCAAGAUGGAGGAGGAGAGAGAGAAGAUGAGGCAAGAGAUUAGGGACAAGUACAAAAUCCCUAAAAAAGAGGAAGUGGUGGAACAACAGCCGAUGGAGCCGGACAAUCCAUUGAUGAGGAAGAAGAAGACGCCCGAAGAGCUCGCUGCGGAAGCAGAGUUAGAAGACCAGGAUGAAUUCACUAAAUUGAAAAACACCAUUGAAACGCAGGUGAACGAACUAAAGUCCCAGAUCGAGAGUAAGUGCGUGAUGCAGUGAGCGGCCACGGCCCGCGCGUCGCACUAUCAUAACAUUACCCGAAUACAUGAUGUAGCUGCUAAGAUCAUUGUUAUGACGAUGUUUCACAACCCGUAUACACACCAUUACACCUCCCCAAUUCCCCCCACAAAAGGAUGAGACAAAAGUAUUACGUUCGGGAACGGUAUCAUUCGCGCUCAAGAUUUUUGUAGGAGAGAUUCGAAUUCUAAAUAUUGUAGUUGGCUAGUGGCGCGUUGGUGCUUGAUAAUGAGCAAUAAUAUUUUUAUACAUUCAUAAUAAAAAAAAAUUUGGAGAGCAGCCCUCGGACACACACGACUAAAGAAGCGCGUUCAAAUGAAGGUCAAAAAGUCACCUGAACACCAAAACACCGCACGAGAGUGUGAAACAAUCCAGUUUUAUAUGUUGACGCUUGUGAUAUAUUGUUAUUUAAGUGUAAUGAGGAAAUUAAUAUAAAUACAACUAGAAAAAAAACGGUGUAAUAUUAAUUAAAGAAAGGAAAACGUAUUUUAAGAAAGUCUAGCACGCGUGUAGGUAUUCAAAAUCGACUGUGUUACUGAAUCGACACUUUCUCAUCUAUUCUCGUCUAUUUCGGAAGUUUAAACUUACAUUGAAAUAACAAUGUAUUUCUGAUAUUUGUUUUCAUCCAAAUUCCGUGAGCUUGACGUCCUCUACUAGGUAACGCCGGCAGUCCGGCACGGGUCCGGUAAGGUGUCCGAUACCGGCGCCGGCGCCGGCGGGCGCUGUGACUACGUGGCUUCGCUCUUCGCUGAAUUUUCACACUUCAAAUAAACUCUUCAACUUUUGCCUCUAAAUCUUUUGCAUGCGUGCUUAUGCAGUGUGAAUCGAUAUUGUGUCAGUGUAUUUUGUUUAGGUGUACAUACCACUUAUCGUCCUAGCCUUAAUGACCACAUCGAACAUAAAAUAGGUACAAUAUAUAUAUAUUGUUAAAUCGGCGCAAAUCUGAGAAGACCCGGCGGUAUAUAGUAGAGUCUUUUACAGAUUUGGUAACGUCCAUUUUGUUCUGCAUGUCUAAUAAUAAGAUCAAUGUUCGUUUAGAGGUAAAUAAUGUGUAAAGAAAUGUAGAUAACAAUCUUCUUGUUGUUUUACCGUUGAAUCAAUAGCGUAGUUGACGCGACGUGGUUUAUAAUCUAAUGUUUUAUCGAUGUUUUACGCUUAGGUAUAAAGUUAACACAUCGUGUGAGCGAAUUCUUCGAGCGAUUAUAGCCCUUUGGUGUGGUGGCGAGCCUGCUUAUGUUGCAUCGACAUCAUCUAGGUACGGUACAAAAUACACCACGUGACACACUUACACUGAGCCCGGUGAACAAACGCUGGCGCAGGUCUGACGCCGUUCAGCAUGGAACAGAGCUAAUUGUUCGAACGAUUAACUCCACUUAAGCUACAAAUGCAAAAGAUUUGUUAUCGUCAAAAGCUGUGAUAUAUGAAUAAUAAAACUAACGCUGUGCGCCGGAUGCGGCCUGACCGCUCGCGCUCUCUCAAUAUUCUCAUUAGCUCCUUCUACAUUGAAUCUAAUCACAUAAUUAUAUAUAUAUAUGAAUACCUCAUCUACACCAUCUCUUCUAUCACGUAUUCUACUUUCUUGUAGAUUUUAUCCAUCUCAACCUGACUUAUACAAAACAGCACAUCAUGUAUUUCUACUAUAGUUUAACUUAAUUUUACAUAUUAAUUAUAAUUUGAUAAUGCUUAAUAAUUCAUGAUUUGUUCUACUCAGUUAAGUGACACUAUUAUGUUAAUAUAUUGCAUAUUAUGU